CCAUACCCUAUUCACUUCAGGCAGGCAGCCAGGCUGUGGGGACUGGGGGGGGCGGAGAUGAGAAGCCACAGGCACCCCUCAGACUCAGACACUUUGCUCAAGAAGCCACUUAGAAGGCAUCCCACGGGCCAGCUGAUUGCGUGGGACAAGCGAUCCCCGAAUCCUACAAUUCCGAGGCAUCAACUGAACGCCCAAGGAGAUGCCCUGGUAAGGCUUGACCUGUGGUCUGUUGUGGCUGUGCCCAGCGGCCGGAAGCACUUGCCCUGUCUACCAGACCCUCCUCUGUCAACUGAAGAACAUGGCAAAGAAAGACUUCUUGAAGGCCUUUAUGACUGACCAAGGCCUAAACUCACCACAUCUCAAUGAGACCUGCACAGGGAGCUCGGACUUCCCCGUGACAGAGACCCUUAAGGACUUACCUCCAGUCACCUUCCUCCAGACUGUGAGUCAGACCGUGCGCCUCAUUGAACAGAAACUCAAUGAACCCGUCUUCAAGCGGAUGCACAUCUACCUUCAAGGCAUCGAUAACAAUGUCUGCUGCAUGCUUCAGGCCCUCCUCCCGGCCCCCGCUGCCUGCCCUGCUCCUGCAAGCAGAAGGACCCUGUCCCCAACUCCAACUGUGGGAAGUUUCUCGUGGAAACUAGAGAGAUGUAAGAUCAUACAGAGCUACCAGCGCUUCAUGGAGGCUGUGGGAAAGGUGCUGGAAACGUGGGGUGCUAGCCCCGGGCAGAGAAAUAGGAAGAGACGUUCCCUUCUCAAUGUCCUGCUUGGCCAGAGGAGGAAAGUCAGGGCCGGCUGACUCAACCCCAGGGGCAUGGUGCUAUAUCAGCCUCCAGGAAGCGGCCCUAGACAUCUCUGCUGGGCCGCCUGAAGAAUGAUGGAGUUGGAGGUGGUGGGCCCAAGGGCUCACCUGCUGAUCCACCUUUCUGCUGGUUCUCACUCUGGGCUUAGAAAUGGUGCACUUUAAUAGGAGGGGGGAUUCCUGACAUCUCCCCAAAUAGUGAUUGAUACAGUGCUGUUAUUGGGCUGAACCCCCUCCCCCAGGCCUUCUCUGCUCCUUCAGGGCUGCCCAUUCAGGUCAUGGGGCCGGCAGAGCUCAGUGCCCCGUGACUCUUCAUGAAUCAGAAGCCGACUUUCCAUUGAUUCAGGGGUCUGAUGACAAGGCUUGACUCAGGGUCCAGUGCCUGCCUUGUUCCCACCCCCACCCCCUUACCCUCUCUUUUGGGGGCCUUAGCUCCAUUCUUUCUGCUCUGACUUUACUCUUCCCACCUGCCCCUGGGCCCCUAAGAGUUUUCCUCUUUUGAGGGCUGGGGUGGAUGAUUUGGGCAUGGGGGGAGUCAGGAAAGUAUAUGGCCAGUUGGGGCCUUGUGCCAAGGAGCUAGCCUUCCCUCCUCUCACUCCCUCACCUCCCAAUAGAUACUGGAGAUGGCUCCCAGGGCGACAAAGGGGUCACCUCCCCUGGUGACAUGGGCCAACCUUAUUCUGUGCCAAUGGUUUGCCCCCUACAAUAAUGACUCGCUGAGAUAGAAAGUUUGCCACUUGGGGAGAAACUGCUGCUGGACGGCAAGUGUCCCCCAGGGAUGAUUCCCUGGGAUCCAAGACCCACCCCCAUCCCUGCCCAUCCCUGAGGGCACAGAGAAUAAUUUAUCAAGUUUCUAUUUAUAUUUAUUUAUUAGAAACGUAUUUAACAGUAUGGUAUUGAUAUCUGAUGUAUUUAAAAUUCACUUAUUUUUCUAAA